CCCGCACACGGCCUUUCCACCCGGGUCCUCAGCGGGCGCGUGCACCAUCUCCACGCCUCCUUCACAUUCCAUCUUCAAGCCCGCGGGAGCCAACAUCUGCUCCUAUUAUAGUAAUAUUUAAAAGUUUAGUCUUGAUAAGAACAGAGAAACGCCGUCAUGUCGUCAUACAGAAAUCGCAGGUCUCGCUCCCGUUCUCGUUCUCGCUCGCGUGACCGUGAUCGUCGACGUGGUAGGGAUGACUGGGGUUCACGUGGUGGGUGGAAUGCAGCUGGUGGUGGACGGCAGUCACUGAAAGGAAGGCAGCCAGGCGAGCGCCUUCGGAAGCCAAAGUGGGACCUGUCCAGACUGACUCCCUUUGAGAAGAACUUCUAUCAACCUACACCGACAGUACUAAAUCGUCCACCUUAUGAAGUUGAAAAAUAUAGGAAUGAGAAAGAAAUUACUCUUCGUGGUAAAAACAUCCCAAAUCCCAUCCAGUACUUUAGUGAUUAUAAUUUCCCGGACUAUGUUAUGGCAGAGAUCAAAAGACAAGGCUAUGAACAACCAACACCAAUUCAAGGUCAAGGAUGGCCUAUUUCACUGCAGGGAAGGGACUUUGUUGGUAUUGCCAAGACUGGUUCUGGCAAAACGUUAGGAUACAUCCUGCCAGCAAUUGUGCAUAUAAACAACCAACCAUAUUUGGAGCGAGGCGAUGGUCCGAUUGCACUCAUCCUAGCCCCCACCAGAGAACUUGCCCAGCAGAUACUAACAGUUGCACAGGACUAUGGGGCAUCCUCAAAGAUCCGGUCCACAUGUGUAUUUGGAGGUGCACCCAAGGGACCACAAAUUCGUGAUCUUGAAAGAGGGGUUGAGAUUUGUAUUGCUACCCCUGGACGUCUUAUUGACUUCCUUGAAGCUGGAAAAACAAAUCUGCGGCGCACAACAUAUUUAGUACUAGAUGAGGCUGACCGCAUGCUGGACAUGGGUUUCGAGCCACAGAUAAGGAAAAUUGUAGACCAGAUUCGGCCGGAUAGGCAAACACUCAUGUGGUCGGCAACUUGGCCAAAGGAGGUGAGGAAUCUAGCGGAGGACUUCUUGAAAGAUUACAUACAGCUGAAUGUUGGAUCACUUUCCCUAGCUGCCAACCAUAAUAUCCUCCAAAUUGUUGAUGUUUGUCAAGAAAUGGAAAAGGAUACCAAGCUGCGCCAGUUGCUCAAUGAGAUGGCGCAGGAGAGGGCAUACAAGACUAUAAUCUUUAUCGAAACCAAGAGGAAGGUGGAGGAUGUUACUCGUGGGUUGAGGAGUACUGGGUGGCCAGCAAUGUGUAUUCAUGGAGAUAAAUCUCAACAGGAAAGAGACUGGGUUCUAAGUGAAUUUCGGUCUGGAAGAGCUCCAAUUUUGGUAGCCACAGAUGUUGCUGCACGAGGGCUAGAUGUGGAUGAUGUCAAGUUCGUGAUCAACUAUGACUACCCGUCAUGCUCUGAAGAUUAUGUCCAUCGCAUUGGGCGAACUGGCAGGUCAGACAAGACUGGUACUGCAUACACGUUCUUAACAGCGGACAAUGGCAAACAGGCUAAAGAUCUGAUAGAAGUGCUAAAGGAGGCAAAUCAAGUGGUAAACCCACGGCUUUAUGAGAUCAUGGACAUGGGACGUGGGUUUGGCAAAGGACGUAAUCGUUGGAGGGGCCGUGAUGAUGACAGAAGAGGUUUUGGGCGUGAUCGUGAUCGUGGCCGUGUGGGUGGUGGUGGUGGUGGUGGAGGAGGAAGGAACGGCUACAGCAAUGGAAACAGCUAUGGUACGUCUGAAGGGCUUGGAAGAUUUAACCAGUUUAGAGGCGGAGGCAAUAGCAGUGCUGUGUCCAAUGGGGUGGGUACAGGCCAAACCAGACUGAAUGGUCCUCCUCCGCUCAUGGGUCCUGGGUCUAUGAAGGCUUCAACCCGCCAAGCAACUACACAGAACCAGUUUAAUGGACCCCAACGUCCACCUGUCCAGAAAGCCGGAGCUACCACGUUCAACCAACCUGCCUCUGGAGCUGGUGCUGUUGGUGGCCUAGGCAUAAUGGGGGCCAUGCCUAGUGCCCUGAACUGGCCGCGGCUGCCCUAGUCAAACUCCUGCCUACUGCUCUUCAACUGGGGCCUUGCCAAGUGGCUGCCUAAACUCUGUCUCAGCAACUCUUCACCGAAACCAGUGUCAUCCAUUCUUCCAAGUUAUCUUGUAACUGAACUGAUGGUGGGGCCUCACUUGGCAAGGUUUCUCACAAUAAAUGUAUCUAAAAUAUUUCUUCUUGAUCAUAGUAUACUGUAUCACAAAAUUAGAAUUUCCCUCGUCCAACAUUCUGACGUAGUCUUUGAAGUGAAUUUUUAAGAUAGCAUGGCAUGUUUGGCAAGUGAGGUGUUCUAUUCAGUAGUUAUGAGUAGUACGGUAUCCCUGAUAGGGAUACUUCUUGAGUUUUUUUAGUUUUUUUUUUAGAUUAUCAUUGACACUGUUGGUAUCUAUUACAGCUUACUGAAGUCUGGACUGGAGGUGACCACUUACUGCUGCACAAUCCCCUUUCUAGGAAGUUAGAGGUUGCGCACGUUUCCACUAAGUACUUGACAGGCCCGGUUGUCAAGGGUAGGUUAAGUUCGACUCACCCAUCAUUACAGUGUGGGGACACUGCACCAUUCCUCCUUGUCUACAGGACUGCAGUGUGUUUAAGCCAACGACAUCAUUGUUAGUAAACCUCAGUCCUAAAGUCGGUAUUCAGUCAUAUCCCACAUGUCGCUAUCAAUUUUGAUUUAACCAAAUAUUCCAUUGUCAUUUUAGGAAAUGUUUCCUAUGAUAUUUAUAUUGUAUAGAGGAUUUUAUUUUUCAGUGUCUAAAAAAAUGUAUGGACCAAAGGACUUUGUAAACCCAGGACUAUUAAAAUAAGUUUUUUGCACUGCAAUUAAGUUGCAGUUCAUUAUCUAGUGAUGGAAAUGUAGUUGGAUUUAUGGAACGAGUUGUAUGGUCUAGGCAUAUUGAAUUUCAUUUGCAUAACCUAUUGCAAUUCACUUCAUUUGUGUAAAAUUUGUAACAUCUGUAGUGAUCAAGACUGUUUGAAAGGCAAGUGGUAUUGUCUUAAUAUAUCCAUGACUACUUGA